AUGGCCGAUGGAAACGGCGAGUCCAGCCCCGGACAACACCUCAAUCCCGUCAUGAUGUCAAGUUUACUACCGCCUCCCAAAGCCCUGGACACAACUGCGGCCGACACCUGGCAAGAAUGGAAAAAGUGGAUCAUGGAAUUCGACUUAUUUGCGAUGGCGACACACCUCGCGCAGCAGACUGACAACGUGCAGGCAGCCACCUUUCUGAUUUGCAUCGGAGAAGAAGGUAGGAGAAUUUACAACACGUUCGCGUUCGACUGCGAAGACGAUAAAAAGAAGCUGAAAGUGCUCAAGGAAAAGUUUCAAUCCUACCUGAAGCCCGCUGAAAAUCUUACCUACCAUGAGUAUGUCUUCGGUAAACGAGACCAGAAACCGAAUGAGCGUUUCGAUGACUGGCUCACGGAUUUGAAAGCAAUGAUACGCAACUGCGAAUAUGGAGAUCUCGAAAACCGGAUGCUUAAGAGCAGAAUUGUACUGGGGACGAACGAUAAACAAUUGCAACAGAAGUUGAUAACUGAAAACCCGACCUACGAGAAAGUUCUCGAAAGGUGCCGCAUAAAAGAGCGGUCACAAGAACAGUUUAAAGAGAUUUCGAGCGACGAAAGAAAGUCCGAGGCAUGUGCAGCUGUAAACCUCCUGCAACGGAAGACCCCGCACUGCCCCAGAUGUGGAUACCUGGAGCACCGUACUAAUUAUUGCCCUGCAGCAGGCAAGAUCUGCAGCAAGUGUGGGACCUUAAACCACUUCGCCAAAGUUUGUCGCAACCCACCUGAAGAGCACAGAACGAAGCACAUAAUGAGGGGUCACACAAGGAAACCGGCAGCUACUCGCAAGACCCAUGAAAGGGAGAGGGUGAGGCAACUACAAAGUAGUCCGCACACCGAAGAUGACAGCGACGAGGAUUAUUUCUUGAAUCAUUUGUCAAUCGGGGGCGUAAGGAAGCAUGAUCGCUGGUCAAUUAGAUUGCGAAUUGAACAAGACGACGUGCACUGCAAAUUGGAUACUGGAGCCAACUGUUCAGUUAUUCCAUCAAGACUGGUGAAGUUGCUUACUCCAAAGAAGGUUAAGAACUGCUCAACAACGCUCAGUACGUUCUUCGGACACCGAAAGAAAGCUGUAGGGAAAGUGGCUCUACAGGUGCAGAAUGCUGGUCGUUGUAUUACUGAAGACUUCUACGUGGUACAGGAAGACGUGCCCACUACACUCAGUGGAUCGUUGUGUGAACGACUCGGACUGCUAAAACGAAUUGAAACGAUAUCAGAGACAGAUACCAAUCCUCAAGUGCAAUAUCCAGUAGCAAAACCGUACGACGAUAUUUUCCACGGAUUGGGAAAAGUAAAAGACGUCGUGUACAGCAUGAAAUUAAAGCCUGGAGUGCAAGGCGUCGUUCGGCCAGCCAGGAAGGUUCCAGUCGCUAUGAGACAGAAAGUAUACGAAGAAUUGAAGAAGAUGGAGCAGGAUGGUGUUAUCUCAAAGGUUGAGGGACCAACAGAAUGGUCAAGCUACAUGGUGGUGGUGGUUAAACCAAACAAAGUCAGGAUAUGCAUUGAUCCAGUCGACCUCAACAAGGCCUUAUUGCGAGAACACUAUCCUAUGAUGACGUUAGAAGAUGUAGUGGAAAAAGUUGGUCAUCCGAAGUGGUUUUCGACACUUGAUGCUGCUUCUGGGUAG